AAAGAAGAAACCCUAGUAAAUUUUUACGCACACAGAAGCAUUGUCUUUGAACCGGAAUUUACAACCAAAUCCACGGGGAAGAGAAAUGAGCGUCGCUUAGCUGCUAUGAGCAACGCCGGCCGCCGCGUUAAGCUCGAUCUCUUCGUGGAACCCCCUGAAGAUUUGGGUGGCUCCUCAGUACAAGGAUAUAUUGACGGGGAACCGAAACAUAUUGCUGGGUUGCUCAAUUCACAAUCUUCUCCAGCUCAGCAACCACCAAAUCCUUUGCUAUUGCUUGGCCAAUAUAGUGAUGAUGAGUUGGAUGAGGAGUUGGAUAAAAGACAAGGGCAUGGCACUUUGAAUGAUUCUUUAUCUGACCAUGAUGACAAGGUUAAGGGUCCUGUAAGUGAGACCUGGAAAAAUACAGAAGCCGAUGCAGGUGAAAGUCUGGUCAAUCAGCUGAGCAUAGAGAAAGAUUCUACUCCAAACUCUAUCCAGAAUUUGGUUGGCAUUGAUAACAAAGGAGAUAUUUAUGUCACAAAUGAAUCAGUCAUGAAUGGUUCUACUGAACAAGAUUCUGUUGCUGGAGCUUCUGAAGUACAGGCCACUCGAGAUGUGGGUUCAGGCUGGAGGAUUGUAAUGCAUGAAGAGAGUAAUCAGUAUUACUACUGGAACACCGAAACUGGUGAAACUUCAUGGGAGGUGCCUACUGUUUUGAAUCAGAUUAACCAAUCUACAUCUCAAGUGGAUGCACAUGAUUUGAGUUCAACUGUAAGUGCGCAAUCGGUUGGUGACAAUGUAAUUCUUCAGAGCAAGGUGUAUGACAAUGAGGCUGAGUUAGACGAGCAUGAUGGAGGAUGCAAAAAUGAAGCUAUGAAGGAUAAAAUCUCUGAUGUCAUUGAAAGUGAUUUUCAAAGUAGAUUAGGGGCUGUCGAUACUUGUUUGGUUGGUGGGAGUUUAGAUCACUCUGGAAACUCUACACAUGAUGUGCUUGCUAAUGAUAAUAAAACAGUGAUUGAUCUCUCUAUUCAUCUUUUAAGGCAAGGGGAGUGUUUACUAGAGAGACUGAAGUCACUAAAAGUCUCUGAAGACUAUCUGCAAGGUCAGGGCUGGAUGUCUAAAUGCAUUUUAGAAGUUGAGAGAAAAGCUCGAGAUAAAGGUUCAUACAAAGAAGUUGAAGCAGAUGGUGACGAUAUCAAUACAAUUGCUUAUGCACCUGACACUUCUCAUGUUUCUACUAGUGCUGCUGCAUUAAUAGUAGGCGGUAGUGAUGUAAAUAAUCAAGUUUCCUCCAGCAAUGCUACCCACGUGGUAGGUGUUCCUAGUUUUGGUUCACCUACUGAACGUUGUGAACAUGAAAUUGAAGAAGUGAACUGUAAGAUUGAUAUCCAUGCCAGAGAGGAAGAUGAUAUGGAUGUGGAUAUGGAAGUUGAAGAUGUAAUACCACCUAUCACAGUGGCACUCGGAGAUGUGCCCCUCAACACUAUAGGGAAACUAAAUAAUUCCACUGAUUACUCGGCUGUUCCCCCACCUCCAAAUGAGACGAUACCUCUCACUUAUGCAGAACAAUACAACCUAACCUAUUCUGAUCCCAGUUAUCAGUAUUAUGGACACACAGUUAAUCAAAUUCCUGUUGGUGGUUUCUAUGGACUUGCUAAUGGAACUCAAAUUACUGUACCCCAAGCACCACUUUACUACCAAGCAGUUCCAAACACAUACUCUGAAAGCGCAUCAGUUUCCAUUAAUUCUGUUGAACCUGUAAUAUUUUAUGAUCUUCAAGGUAGGUGCGCAUCUUCCGUGCCUGUAGCCGGUGGUACUGAAUCAUUUCUGUUGCAUAGUGAAGUUGGUACUAUCAGUAAAAAUACCAUUGCUUCAAAUCAAGUUGGAUCUAGUGGUGAUAUUGCUUUAGCAGGACAUGAUCCGAGGACCGGUGAUCCUACUGUUAAUGAGAAGACUGAGGCAUAUUGGGAUGAAGCUUCAAAACAGGUCUAUUACGGAAACGUGAACACGUCGGAGACAACUUGGAUUAGACCAGCAAAAUAAGUUUGGAGACCAAUUGUAUCAGUAUUUUUGAGUUGGAUCUAAAUAUUU